AUGCCGCCCAUCACAUCCAUCACCGCCGUCCCCGCCUUCGUCUCCCCCGAGGAACACAAAGCCCUCGUCGAGUCCACCCCCGCCUCCUUCAACGACAUCCCCCCCGUCCUGCGACACAAGCAAGAAAACGUCUCCGUCCGCCUCGACCCCCCGCUCGACGGCUUCGCGACCGCCGCCGACGCCCGCGGCACGCUCUACGUGAUCGAAAGCGUCCUCGUCUUCGUGAACGACGCGGGCCGCGCAUUCCAGGUCGAGUACCCCGCGAUCACGCUGCACGCCAUCUCGCGCGCGGACCCCCGCCCCUCCAUCUACUGCCAGCUGGACGAGAGCGCCCCCCAGGUCGACGGCGAAGGCGCCGCGGGUGGUGAAGGCGCCAUGCGCGAGCUCAGCAUCAUCCCGCAGAGCGCGUCCGCACUCGAGCCGAUCUUCGAAGCGCUCUCCCUCUGCGCCUCGCUCCACCCGGACCCGGACCCGGACGACGACAUGGACGACGACGACGGCGACGCGUUCAUCGAUGCGGCCGAGGAGGGCAACUUUGAGGUGUUCACCGGCGGCGAGGGCGAGGAGCUCAGCGAGGUCGGGAGGGCCGCGUUGGAACAUCUCGAGUCUAUCAUCUAUGAUCCGCACAAUCUGACGAACCAAGCCGAUGGAAUCAACGGUGAUGAUCCUGGAUCGGAGGGCAAGCAGGAAGGCUCGGAGGGGCGUGCGUGAAGCUUUGGCGUAGGCAAAGCAUCCCAAAAAACUGUAUUAUAAUAAUGCUCAGCGUUGCCGUACGCAUGUAGACGCGUGUGCAUCGGAACGUCUCUUCAGUCAUGCUCGGUCUAGGAAUACAGGUUCAGUACGUUGCUCAAAGGCUGCCCAAACGCCAGGUACUACAUCUCGUAGAAAAACAAUACACUACAUCGCGCAGGAGGUCACUCAUUUACCCUGAAACCCAUCCAACACCCACGAGCCCUCCAUCGCCGGGCUCGCGCUCCUCUCCUUCCCCUUCGCCCCCUCGGGCCUCACAUCCGCCGACAGCAUCGCCUUGGGCUGCACCCCCGGCAGCGGGCCCCAGUCAAACUUCACCGGCGGGGACGCGCUCGCAGCCGGCGCGGG